GGAUGCUCUGAGAAAGGAGGAAGGGUGGGGGGGGGGAAGAGGGCCGUUCCUGGAAUUCAGGUGGAACAACAACAACGAGGAGAGCCAUCAUGUCGAAAGUUGUGAGCAACAAGGAGAAGAAAUCCUUCAGCAAAAAGCUGUUCCGGAGGAGCUCGGUUCGCUCCGUGGGGAGCUUUAUGAACAGAGUCCUGCGGACCCUAUCGACUCUGUCUCAUUUCGGAACCGACGAGCAGACGGCGGAAGACGAGAAGGACGACCCCACUCUGGUCCCGAGCACCGCGGGGGGGUCGGUCCCGUCCGACGACAGCGACUGCGGGGGGUUCCCUUUCGGGGACAAGGUGCCGGGAGUCGCCGGGCUGAAGAACCACGGCAACACCUGCUUCAUGAACGCUAUCCUCCAGUGCCUGAGCAACACGGAGCUGUUCGCCGAGUACCUGGCUCUGGAGCAGUUCCGGGGAGCGGAGACGAGCAGCAACAGCGAGAAGGCGAAGCCCAACGGGGUGCUGGUGCUGAGGAGGGCGGGCGGCCAGCCGCAGGAGGCCGGCGAGGUGACCGAGCAGCUGUCCGGCCUGGUCCGGGCUCUGUGGACCUUCGAGUACACGCCUCAACACAGCAGGGACUUCAAGAAUGUGGUGUCGAGGAGCGCCCUUCAGUUUAAAGGAAACUCCCAACACGAUGCCCAGGAAUUCCUCCUCUGGUUACUCGACAGAGUUCACGAAGACCUCAACCAAAUCAUCCACCCAGAGAGCAGACCCCCCAGGAAGCCUCCAGUAGAGGAAGAAGCAGUACCAGAAGGAUCUCCACUACCAGCACCUGGCUCUUUUGUUCAGGAGCUGUUUCAGGCACAAUACAGGUCUUCCCUGACUUGCCCUCACUGCCAGAAACAGAGUAACACCUUUGAUCCUUUCCUUUGCAUCUCACUGCCAAUCCCAGUACCUCACACACGGCCUCUGUAUGUGACAGUGGUGUACCAAGGCAAGUGCUCCCACUGUAUGAGAGUCGGGGUGGCCGUGCCUCUCUCCGGAACCGUGUCCAGGCUGAGACAAGCUGUGGCCCAAGAGACCAAAAUCCCUGCAGAACAGAUUGUCCUUACUGAAAUGUACUUCGAUGGCUUUCAUCGCUCCUUCUGUGACGACGAUGACGACCUUGAGAUCAUUCAGGAGAGCGACUCAAUCUUUGCAUUUGAGACACCCGAGCUUUUCAGACCAGAACAGAUCCGGUCCAAGCGAGGCGGGAGCCCACAUGCAAAUCUUAAUCAAAACAACUUGAAGUACGGAACAGACAAUAGAACAUCCACGCAAAUACAAGAGCCGACGACGCCGCCUCAGAGUCCCAAUAAGAACAGCGGGCAGGCUGAGAAGAUUGUUCUGUUGGUGUGCAACAGAGCCUGUGCAGGGCAGCAGGGACGCAGAUUUGGGAAUCCCUUUAUUCUGUAUUUGGAGCGUACAGUGACGUGGGAUGUGCUGCAGAAAGAGAUUUUAGAGAAGAUGAGGCAUCUUUUGCGUCCCGGAGUCUUCGUGCAGGUAGGGCCCUUCACAUUACGUGUUGUUGGAGUGGUUGGAAUCACAUAUCUGUUGCCCCAGGAGGAGCAGCCACUCUGCCAUCCCUCGGUUGAGAGGGCUUUUAAGUCCUGUGGUCCAGGAGGGCCCCCUCAUGUCAAAAUAGUUGUUGAAUGGGACAAGGAAACGAAAGACUAUCUGUUCAAAAGAACCGAGGACGAAUACAUUCCGGAUGCUGAAAGUGUGCGUCAAGCAAAGGAGCAGCAUCUGCAGCCUCAGACCUGUUCACUUUCACAGUGCUUUCAACUCUACACUAAAGAGGAGCAGCUUGCCCCAGACGACGCCUGGAGAUGCCCACACUGUAAGCAGCUUCAGCAGGGCAGCAUCAAACUCAGUCUGUGGACCCUGCCAGACAUCCUCAUACUUCACCUGAAGCGCUUUAGACAGGACGGGGAUCGACGGAUGAAGAUGCAGAACAUGGUAAAGUUCCCGCUCACAGGCAUGGACAUGGCACCCCACAUGGUGAAGAGGAGCCAGAGCAGCUGGAGUCUCCCCUCUCACUGGUCUCCCUGGAGAAGGCCUUACGGGAUGGGCCGUGAUCCGGAGGACUACCUCUAUGACCUGUAUGCAGUCUGUAAUCAUCAUGGGACCAUGCAGGGAGGACAUUACACAGCCUAUUGUAAGAACUCCAUUGAUGGGCAGUGGUAUUGCUUUGACGACAGCGACGUCCAUCCCUUAUCUGAAGAUGAGGUUUGCAAGCAGACCGCGUACAUCUUGUUUUAUCAAAGACGUGCAACAAUCCCCUCUUGGUCUGCCAACAGUUCUGUGGGAGGCUCCACCAGCUCUUCUCUGUGUGAGCACUGGAUAAGUCGGCUGAUGGGAAGCCGUCCGCCCAGCCAGGCUUCAUCUGGCUCCUCCAGACGCACGUCACUGGCGUCCCUGUCGGAGUCGGCUGAGUUUGCCGGUGAACGAAGCGAGGACGAUGGUCUGUCCACGCGACCAGCGGUGAGAGGCAUGCAAAGGCAGACGUUCUCUUCAAGAUCCUCUAUUGCCAGCCCACUUGUGCUGAGUGAAAAUGGCACUAAACCCUCCUGGACUCACUCUGCUAAGCUCCAACUCCGCUCCAACUCUCCAUCUCGCUUCUCCCUCGAGUCCCACUCCUGCUCCCCAACUCUGGAGAGGAUCGGAGAGGUGGUUGAUAACCCGCUGUCAUCCCCAUGCUUCACUGGCUCACCUAAGCCCGGCAGAACGUCAGAAGCCAAGUCAGCCCUUUCCACUCUGGACAGUAAUGCAGGGAAUAAAAGGGCUGUAGAGCAGGCGCACCCGAAGGCCGCGGCGCAGGCGGAGCAGCGGGGCUCCACUCAGACCGGUGAAAACAACAACGCGGGGACGGCCGGCGAACAGGUCAGCCCCCGCCACGGAGGGGCUCUGAAGGAGAAGCAGAGGAACGGGGCGGCCGAUAAUGCCGGCGUCAAAAGGAGCUCCGCCAAGAGCGGCCUAGAGGGCGAGAGGAGCCCCAAGAAGCGUCCCAAUACCUCCUCGACAUCGUCCAGCUCUCUCUCACCGGCGUCUCCAGCCACUGACAAGUUGCCGUCCCGAACGCAGUCCAAGAGUGCGGCAUCGGCAUCAAACCCCAAGGAGAGAAGUGACGGAGCACUGAAACUAAGCAAGAGCGCCUCCUCAAGAACAGGAACCCCGUCCAAGAAAGGGUCCUCCCAAACCCCAGACCUUCUACUCCCCGAUUCACAGCAGAAGAAGAGCGGCUCUUCGGGAUUACAGAGCUCGCACCCUCAGAGGCGGUUGUCACCCAGACGGGGAGGAGAGAAAAGCUCAGCUUCAGGGAGGACUAAAGCGGCAGACAGGAGCACCAGCUGUGAACCCUCACAAACCAGCAUGGGCUCAGACAGGAAAGUGAGCCACGGAGGAGGGCCUCCCUCCAGGGCCAGUGCCGCUGCCAGAGCGGAGGGCCGGCCGGCGACAGGCCGGAGCUCAAGCAGCAGCUCCUCCAUGGCCAGUCUCCGAUCCUCCAGCGUAGGAGUGUCGUCCUCUAGCAGUGCUCCACCGUCGAGGGGAUGUCGAGCCACCAACAAGACAGAGGACAAAGGUCUGUCCUUCUUUAAAACAGCUCUGCGGCCCAAGGAGACCCGCAAGCCAGGUGAGAGUGGAAAAGCCGGUGUGGCGGAGGCAAAAAAAAGUCCAGAGGACGGUGCUGGGGAUGCAGCCAGAGAAGCCGUGCAACGUGGACCCAGCAAAAAAGCCCAGAACUCGGCUUCUGAGGCCCAGACUAAUGCAUGCACAGCCAAAGACAAGGAGAAAGCUUCAGCCACGGCUAAGCAUUCACUGCUGCCGUCCACUAAGUCUAAGCUCUCCGGGGCGCAGACGGCCGGCCAGUCUUCAGCGGCCUCAAAGGAGCCGGCAAAGAAAGAGCCCGCUAAAAGGACAGCACAGUCCAGGAAGAUCCCCAUCAACUCCACACAAACAAGCCAGAAAUCCAAGUGAAGUUCCUCUGAGUGUGUCGUAACAAUAUUUCCAGUGCAGCUCUGAGGCGUUUUAUCUUUUUCUUUUUUUUUUAAAUGAAACAUCACUGAGUGUCUGAAAGACAUUUUUUAAAACACCUGUAGCUAUUCAGUGGUCACUGAAUUCCAGCUGCCAUACUGGACACGUGCUGUCCACAUAGUUAAAUAGCUAUUUAGGAAUGGAUUUGAUCAAAGCACUUUGUAUGGAUUGCAUUGAUUAUACUGUCUUGUAAAUAAGCAUGGAAACGUAAUGACAUCAUUGCCUUGCUCUGUCUGUAGCAUUGAGGAACGUCUUAGUCAGUUGUGAAAAUAAGUGACUGCACAAGACUGGGAGCAGAAACAGUGGUGGAAAGCAGCGUUUGAGAUCCAUCAAACAUGGACCGCUCAGUCACCAAAGGACGUUUUUGGAAAAUUUUAAGAAGCUGAUACUCAAGAAAUCAUUUUCAGAAGUCACUAUGUACUGCUCUCCGUCAGCAUCGAGAGCCAUAUGUCAACAAACAUCAGUGCCUCAGAUAAUCAUGAAGACGUAUUUAAUCUAAAUUGUAUAACUGCAGGUGUUGAUCAAUUUGUAUUAUUUGAAUUUUAAUAUUUACUAAGCACUGAAAAUGUUAUUUCAAGCAAAACACAAUUAAGCCUAUUUAACAUAACUACUGUUUACAUAUGCUCUGUGAUGUAGUAACUCUGCAACAGCCUUUAAGAUGAAUUCUUUUGUCCAAAUACGAGUGUCAUAGCGAGGUGAGGAGAGGCGCUGGAACGCAGCCCGUGUCAUUGCCGUUACACUCCUGGUGCCCGUGCUUCUCAGUUGCUCUGAAUGCCCAUGCUUUACCCGCCAGUUACCCUUGUGACCCCCCCCCCCCCCCGGCCCUCGCGUGCCGCCACCACCGCCA